GACACAAAUUCAAAUAUGGCUGCGCCCAUGUAAUACAAACAUAAGUGUUGAUCUGUGUGCUGUUUGUGAUAUAAACCUAUCAGAAAAUGACGAGAAAAAGAAAAGUCCACUUUAAGGAUGACCCAGCUAAUUUGAAACGCUUUCGAGAUGAAAUAAUGCACCUGUCUGAACCUAAAACUAAAGACAGUAAUGUUGAAUAUUACAAGCAUGAUAAAUCUGAAUUUUCAUUACGUGGAAAGAAGAAAUUACCAAGGAAAAUGAAGAGGAAAGAGGAAAGACACAUGAAAAAAGCUAGAAAAUUGGCACAUUAUCAGGGAAAACAGAUGCCAAAAGUAGAAGAUCAGUUAAAGAAAAAGAAAGAAGAAGAAAAGAUUGAAAGAAAACAGAAAAAUUUGGAAAAGCUUAAGAAAAAGAAGAAAAAAUCAAAAGAAAAAAAGAAAGAAAAAUUGAAAAUGGAAGAAGAGAUGAAAAAAGAAGAUAUGCUUGCUGCCAUUCAAAGAGAAGAGAAAAUGUUAAAGCAGUUGUCUAAACAACUUCAUUUGAAUAAGAGAAAGAGUAAAACUCUGCCACAGUCAUUUUUAAAUGAUGGCUUGGAUUAUUUAUUAGAUGUAGUGGAUAAAGACAAAGUAUCAGCCUUGUACGAGGAUUCUGACAUUGAGGAUGAAGCUACAUCAGGGAAUAUAGAUGAAAGUAACAGUGACCAGGAAGUUAGUGAUGAGAUGGACGAUAAAAAGUCAGAUGAUGUUGAGGAUGAUCAACAAAAGAAAAAAGCUAUUGAUGAAAUAAUGUCACAUUUGAAAAAAUCAGAGGCUAAAUCAAUUUUAAAAACUUCUAAAACUGUAAAGAAAGAUAAAACAUUAUCAAAUGUAAAAUUCUAUGAGGACAAUGAUGAGGGAGAGGCAGAUGUAGAGGAUGAUUUCUCUGACGAAGAUGAAAAUUUAGAUGAUGUUGAUGAGAAUUUAAGUGAUGAUGAUAAAGAUGUGGAUGAAGAUGAGGAAGAUGAAAAUUUAGAUGUUCAGAAUUUAAGUGAAGAUGAUGAAGAAGAUUUACACAAUCUUGAUCAUGAUGAAAGUGAGGAUGAAAAGAUUUUAAACAGAAAAUUAAAGCAUUCACAAGAGGAAACUGACAGCAAUGAAAGUGAUGAUGUUCUCUCAGAAGGAAACAGUGACAUUGAGGCAGUAACAAAAUUACAUCACAAAAAGGGAGACAAGCCAGAAUCAAAGUUAAAAGAAGACAUUUAUGGUAGACUGAGAGAUUCAGAGGGCAAUGUAGUAACUAUGGCAACAGGCUCAUAUAUACCACCAGCAAAGAGGUUGGCAAUGGCAGACACCAUGGAUGAAAAGAAAAAGUUAAAAAUGGAAAGACUUAAGAAACAGUUAAAAGGUUUAAUUAACAGGACAAGUGAGGCUAACAUGGGUCCCAUCAUCUCACAGAUAGAGACAAUUUAUACAACAAACAGUCGAGGAGAUGUGAAUGAAUCGUUAAGAGAUAUCAUCAUGGAGUCGACUGUGUCAAGUAUGGUCACGCCUGAGAGAUUAGCUAUGGAACUGAUGAUGUUGGUUGCAAUACUAAAUAAUAACGUAGGAAUGGAAGUUGGUGGCUUGUUUAUUCAGCAGUUAGCAUGGAAAUUAAAAGCAUCAUGGGAAGAUUUGGAGGGGAAAUAUCUUGACAAUAUUGUUUUAUUGUUUUCUCAUCUCUAUAACUUCAAAGUUAUUCACUGUAUACUGAUCUUUGAUAUUAUAAGAAAGUUUGUGGAAAGAUUUACUGAAAAAGACAUUGAACUUAUAUUACUGGUACUGAGAUCUGUUGGAUUCAGUUUAAGGAAGGACGACCCUCACACACUGAAAGACAUUAUACUAUUGAUACAAGGAAAGGCCAGUUCAUUGGAUAAAACAGAAUCAAGUCGUGUCCAGUUCAUGUUAGAUGUAUUGCUUGCCAUUAAAAACAAUAACAUGAGAAAAAUACCAAAUUAUGACCCAGAGAAAUGUGAACAGAUGAAAAAAUCAGCUAGAAAUCAUGUAAAAACAAGCCUUGGUACUAACCAACUUAGAAUAGGCUUAGAGGAUUUAAUGAAUGCAGAGGACAAAGGUCACUGGUGGGUCAUAGGGUCAGCAUGGGAAGGAAGAUCAGAUAAACAUGAAGAUGUUAGACAAACAGUUCAAACAACAAUACUUGGAGAAGCCAGUGAUAAAAUAUUAGAAUUAGCCAGAAAACAGAGAAUGAACACUGGCAUAAGGAAAAGUAUCUUCUGUUCUAUAAUGACAAGUGAGGACUAUAUUGAUGCUUUUGAGAAACUUUUAAGACUUGGUCUGAAAAAUCAACAAGAAAGGGAGUUAAUCCAUGUAAUAACAGACUGCUGUCUCCAGGAAAAAUCAUAUAAUCAAUUUUAUGCUUAUCUUCUACAAAAGUUCUGUGAAUAUGACAGGAGAUUUCAGAUGACAUUUCAAUUCAUGAUGUGGGACAAAUUUAAAGAAAUGAGUCACCAAUCUGAACAGAGUCGAAAUAAUUUAGGGAAAAUUGUGGUACAUCUCAUGGUUACAAAGUCCAUAUCACUCAGUGUUUUCAAGGUUGUAGAGUUUGGAACUUUGGACAAGAACAUGGUGAGAUUCCUAAAGCAAGUGUUACAAGAAAUUCUGUUGGAUCAUGCUGACCAUGUGAUGCAAGAAGUCUUCUCUAGAAUUGCACCAUUGACAAAAUUACAUCUUUUGCAUGAAGGACUUAAAUUAUUUAUGAGACAUUUUCUCGUUGGGAAAAAGUCUAAACAAGAUCAGAAUAAGUUAUUGGUAGAGAGAGUAUCUUUAGCAGAGAAAGCACUGUCAGCUGGUCAUUCUAAGUUUCAAUUAUAACUUAUCUGUGAGAUGGUAGUAGAAAGGUCAUAUUUAAAGAAAGAGAUAUAUGAACAGUGUUAGUUUUGAAUAAUAAGUUUAAUGAAAGUUUUUGGACUGCCUGUGGAAGAUUGGCAAUAAGAGUUGACUUCUUUAGCACAGAACAUACAAAAUUUGGGAAGAACUUCAGCACUCUUCAACAACAGACAAAUAUGAAUAAAUUUCAUAUAUCUGUUAUCUUCCCAAGUUCCCUAAGCGACAAGAACAUCAAGAUGUUACAAAACAGACCACUGAUAAGGUUCCUGACUUGGGUUAGGCACAUGGGAUUGGGUUAAACACGUUCUUGGGAACUCAAUCCUCCCUGGUCCCCAUCUUAAUUAGUGAAAUGAUCAAAGGUACAGUAAGAAAGAUACUAACAGUCAACACAGGACAGGCACUUAACUCUUUAAUACCAGUAUAUUAGAUUACACAAGAACAAGUAAAAGUAAAAUCAUAAAUGUCAACAGAGCUAGCUACAUGUUCAAAAGAAAUCAGUUUUUCUAAAAUUUCAUCAGAAUUUUAUAUAACACAAAUAUAAUUGACACCUGUGCUACGCUAGACUUUAUCAAAAACUUUUAUUUCAUCUACUUUUAUAAGACUUUAUAUAGGUAUGUUAGUCAAGAAAGCCCUUUCAUCAGAUGAUAUGCCUAAAUUAUAUAAUAGUUUUGAUGCCUAAUAUGAUGCAAGUAGGAAACACAGGUCAAGAAAAAUCCCAGAAUUCUUGUGAGUCUCAGCUGCUUUGAUGUGUUUUAGAUUGAAAGUACGAGAAUAUAGCACUUUAACAUGUUUAACUGCAUGAUUGCUGAAUAAAAUAAUUGCAUACCAUC